AUGGCUGGGACCAAACAGACUGCUCAUACAUCCACUGGUGGGAAGGCCCCACUCAAGCAGUUGGCCACCAAGGCUGCCCUCCACAGGCAGGGUGAAAAAGCCCCCAUCGCUACAGGCCCGGCACUGUGGCUCUUUCCAGAGGUUCGUCCUUAUGAGAAAUCCACUGAGCUUCUCAUCCGGAAGCUGCCUUUCCAGAGGUUGGUAAGAGAGAUCGCCCCGGAGUUUAAAACAGACCUGAGGUUUCAGAGUGCUGCCCUUGGUGCACUUCAGGAGGCUAGUGAAGCAUACCUGGUAGGUUUGUUUGUAGAUACCAAUCUGUGUGCCAUCCACAUCAAGAGAGUCAUCGUCAUGCCCAAAGACAUCUAG